GGCAGCAGCAGCGACGUUGCCGUUUCCGACACCUUCUUUUUAUAACUCGGCCCUCUCCCUCCCAGCACUCGACCUGUGAAAACCACGCCUAUGCGGCCACACAAUUGGUCCGAAAGCGUCAAAGAGCCAAUCAAGAGGCCCCCGGCUCCCCGCGGCCCCGAGCACAGCCCGACCUUCUAGAGCCGCCGAGCAGACGCCCCGGGAAUUCUAGAGGCGGCGGAGGGUGGCGAGCAGCUCUGGCCGGCCCGGCUCGCUCCCUCCCUCUCCUCUUCUCCCUUUCCCGCUCCGUCCGUGCCUCUCUCUCUGUCUCUCUCUCUUUCGAUCUCUCCCUCCUUUCUCCUCGCCCCCCCCCCCCCCCCCCCCACCUCUCCCUCUCCUGACUCCCUAACCCCGUGCGCGUCUGGACGCAGAUUUAGGAAGCGAAUUCGCUCACGGUUUUAGGACACGGAAGGCGGGCAGGCGCGGGCGCAGAGGAGCGCGGCCGGAUUCGGAUUGAAACCCGGACACCCUCCGGAGGAGGCUCGGAGCGGAGGAAGGCGGAGGAGGAGGAGGAGGCGGCGGCGGACGGAAGCCCGUGUGCAGUUUCAAGUUUUGAUAGCGCUGCUCGGAGAGGGUUUCUUCAAUCAGAGAUUUUUUUUUUUUUUAAGGAGAGAGACUUUUUCCGCUGUCUCGCCGCCUCCGGCGGUUCCAGCCGGGAGUCCGGCGCCUCCUGCGAGGAGAAGGAGAAGGAGGAGGAGGAAAGGGGAAGAGAGAGGAGGGCGGGGGGCGAAGAAGGAGAAGAAAAGACAAAAAAAAAAAAAGGCUCCGAGGAGGAGGAGGACCGUUCGCGUUUGCAACAAAGACCUGGGGGCUGGGGCGCGCGGCUCCCGGGACCCGGGGCUGAGGGUCCGGUUGGAGCCGAGCAGCCAGCGGGGCUCGGGCGCCCCCGGAACCGGUUCGCAGGGGCGGCUUUUUCAACGCGCCCGACGCCAGGACAGGCACCCCUCGACCAUGUCUCCCGAUCGCUCGCCUCGCCCCCUUUAAAAGCUGCAUUCUCCUCCCCCAAAGACACUGAGACGCUGAACACCCUCCCUGCGAGGCGCUUUUGUUGUGAUUUUGUUUGCUUUUUUUUUGCCUAAUUUCUUUUUUUAUAAACUAUGUGCUGCUGUUAAUCCAAACAAAAACAGCAGCUGCGGACUUGUCCCCGCCGAAGCCCAGCGCCCCGCCCGGAGUGGAGGGACCUCUCCAUGAGAGAUCCGGUCAUCCCUGGGACAAGCAUGGCCUACCAUCCGUUCCUACCUCACCGGGCGCCGGACUUCGCCAUGAGCGCGGUGCUGGGGCACCAGCCGCCCUUCUUCCCCGCGCUGACGCUGCCUCCCAACGGCGCCGCCGCGCUCUCGCUGCCCGGUGCCCUGGCCAAGCCGAUCAUGGAUCAGCUGGUGGGGGCGGCCGAGACCGGCAUCCCUUUCUCGUCCCUGGGGCCCCAGGCGCAUCUGAGGCCUCUGAAGACCAUGGAGCCCGAGGAGGAGGUGGAGGACGACCCCAAGGUGCACCUCGAGGCCAAAGAACUUUGGGAUCAGUUCCACAAGCGGGGCACCGAGAUGGUCAUUACCAAGUCGGGAAGGCGAAUGUUUCCCCCCUUUAAAGUAAGGUGUUCUGGGCUGGAUAAGAAAGCCAAGUACAUUUUGUUGAUGGACAUUAUCGCUGCCGAUGACUGUCGAUACAAAUUCCACAAUUCCCGGUGGAUGGUGGCGGGUAAGGCUGACCCCGAGAUGCCAAAGAGAAUGUACAUCCACCCGGACAGUCCCGCCACCGGGGAGCAGUGGAUGUCCAAAGUGGUCACUUUCCACAAACUGAAACUCACCAACAACAUUUCGGACAAGCACGGAUUUACUUUGGCCUUCCCAAGCGAUCACGCAACGUGGCAGGGGAAUUAUAGUUUUGGUACUCAGACCAUCCUCAACUCCAUGCACAAAUACCAGCCCCGAUUUCAUAUCGUGAGAGCCAAUGACAUCCUGAAACUCCCGUAUAGUACCUUUCGGACCUACUUGUUCCCCGAAACCGAAUUCAUCGCUGUGACAGCGUACCAGAACGACAAGAUAACCCAGUUAAAAAUAGACAACAACCCUUUCGCAAAAGGAUUCCGGGACACGGGGAAUGGCAGGAGAGAGAAAAGAAAACAGCUCACCCUCCAGUCCAUGAGGGUGUAUGAGGACCGGCACAAAAAGGACGCCGGCACCUCGGACGAGUCCUCCAGCGAGCAGGCGGCCUUCAGCUGCUUCGCCCAGUCCUCCUCCCCGGCCGUCUCCACCGUGGGCACCUCCAACCUCAAAGAUCUGUGUCCCAGCGAGGGCGAGAGCGACGCCGAGGCCGAGAGCAAAGAGGAGCACGGCCCGGAGGCCUGCGACGCCGCCAAGAUCUCCACCACCACGUCGGAGGAGCCGGGCCGCGACAAGGGCAGCCCCGCGGGCAAGGCGCACCUCUUCGCGGCGGCCGAGCCCGGCGGCCGGGCCCGGGACGGCGGGCGGCUGGACAAGGCCUCGCCCGACUCGCGCCACAGCCCGGCCACCAUCUCGUCCAGCACCCGCGGCCUGGGCGCCGAGGAGCGCCGGAGCCCCGGCCGCGAGGGCCCCGCCACGGCCAAGGCCGAGGAGGCGCGGGCGCUGCCGGCCAAGGAGGCCGCCUUCGCGCCGCUCACGGUGCAGACGGACGCGGCCGCCGCCGCGCACCUGGCCCAGGGCCCCCUGCCGGGCCUCGGCUUCGCCCCCGGCCUGGCCGGCCAGCAGUUCUUCAACGGGCACCCGCUCUUCCUGCACCCCGGCCAGUUCGCCAUGGGGGGCGCCUUCUCCAGCAUGGCCGCGGGCAUGGGGCCCCUGCUGGCCUCCGUGUCCGGCGCCUCCACCGGCGUGUCCGGCCUGGACUCCACCGCCAUGGCCUCGGCCGCCGCGGCGCAGGGACUGUCGGGGGCGUCGGCGGCCACCCUGCCCUUCCACCUCCAGCAGCACGUCCUGGCCUCGCAGGGCCUGGCCAUGUCGCCCUUCGGAAGCCUGUUCCCUUACCCCUACACGUACAUGGCCGCCGCGGCCGCCGCCUCCUCCGCCGCGGCCUCCAGCUCCGUGCACCGCCACCCCUUCCUCAACCUCAACACCAUGCGCCCGCGGCUGCGCUACAGCCCCUACUCCAUCCCCGUGCCGGUCCCCGACGGCAGCGGCCUGCUGGCCACCGCGCUGCCGCCCAUGGCCGCGGGGCCCCUGGACGCCAAGGCCGCCGCCGCCGCCGCCGCCGCCUCCGCGCUGGCCGCCAGCCCGGCCUCCGUGGCCGUGGACUCGGGCUCGGAACUCAACAGCCGCUCCUCCACGCUCUCCUCCAGCUCCGUGUCCCUGUCACCCAAACUCGGGCCGGAGAAGGAGGCGGCCACCAGCGAACUGCAGAGCAUCCAGCGGCUGGUCAGCGGCCUGGAGGCCAAGCCCGACAGGUCCCGCAGCGCGUCCCCCUAGGCCCCUCCGCGGCGGCGCCGGCUCUUCAUUCCAGGCCGGUCCCGGCUGCAGUGCACUUUGUGGGGUGAACCCGACACCCCGGGGCGCGAGGGAGGGUGGUGGGGUGAGCUCCCCCCCCCCCCCAGAACUUGGUGCGGUGGCCCUGCUUGGGACAGGGUGCCUGCCAGACUCUCCCCCCCCCCCCCCCCCCCCCGGAGAGAAUGUGCUAGAAACAAGCCCCGUAUGUAAUCCGGGAGACCUGGCGCAGGGUCUGGGGGCUCAGAAACGUCUGACUGUGGCACGGAGCCUUUGGGGGGGGGGAGGGGUGGUGAGUUCAGGCUGGUCUGCCCAGAGCACCUCCAGGAGGCUGGUCUGGGGGCCUGGGAAGGAAAAGGUGUCGCCAUGCCCACGCGGUGGGGGGAUUGGAGAGGGGGGGUGUUGAAACGUGUCUCUCCCAGUGCAGAUUUAUAUAUCUAUAUAUAUUUUUUUCCUUCACCGUGUCCAGUGGAAACAGAAACAAAUAAAAUUUAAAAAAUAUAUCUAUGUAUCUACUGGGGGGGGCAGAUGAGUUACUUACUACAUGAACAGGAUUCUGUUUGUGGAAGAUGAAAACUUUUUAGCGACGUGCCCAUCGGUUCUCGAUCCAUGACUAAGCAGCGUUGUUUCGGGGUGGGGGUGGGGCGCCCCUCUGCCCGCCUGGUUUAGCCUCUCUUUUAAGGUAAUUUGUGUCCUUUUUGAUAUUGUGAUGUUUUUAAGAGCCACUGUAGGUCUCUUCUUGCAUGCUCCCACAGAUGUACUUGUGGUUUUUCCUUUUGAAAUGCUUGCUUUUUAGAGGGGAAAGAACACGGCCCCACACCCCUUCCCCCCCGACUCUAUCUUGUUGGCGGCCGAUUUAAAGGGGAAGGGGUGGGGAAGGCACACAAAGAAAAAAAAAAAGAGUUUAUUUUAUCUAAGCUCUCCGUAGCAGGAUUCCUGCCUGUCACUCACUCUGGCGGUUCUUUCUCUUUUCCUGUGUAUAUGCAAUAACAAGGUUUAAAAAAAAUAAUAAAGAAGAAGCGAGACUAUUAGCAAAAGUAUUUAUGUAAUUAUUUGAUAACUCCUGUAAAUAGAUGGAAUAUGAAUGCUCGGAAAAUUAAACUUUAAUUUAUUGACACUGUACAUAGCUCUGUAAAUAGGAUCCCCAGCUGUCCAGGUCUGUGUGGAUUACUCCUGUAGUCGGUUUUUAUUUCAAGGUCACACAGGAUUGCUUUUGAAACUAGGAAAAAUCACUUUCUGCACCAACACACUUUUCAAAACAGUUGUCCGCAAAAAAAAAAAAAAAAAAAGCAAAAAAAAAAAUCUUAAAAAAUGUCCAAGUGUGAGAAAAAGUGGUAAUUGCCUGUUUUUCCCAGAAUUUGGGAGGUGGUGGUAAAAACCACUUCCCAAUUCCACCUUCAAUUCCUUAAAAAUGUAACACCCCACCUUGUGGUUCUGAGGUUGCUUGGGGGGAGAGGGGGACCCCAGGGUGGGGGCUGCAGAUGCUGUGGCUUGACUUCCUAAUUUUCCUCCUGUACCUGUAUGUGCUGGUGUCUGGUAUCGUCCAAAGCAAGUGGCAUGGACUACUGUCUUCGAUAUCGAUGGUGUUUUUGCAUUGGUGCCUCUAGAGAGAGGGAUUCACAGUUCAAAAGUCGGGUGCUGAGAUGGUUUAAAGA